AUGGAGUGGGGCCCUCGAUCUGCCGUCAGCCGCUCUGGAGGCCCUUGCUUCUCUCUGGAGGUAGACCUGGACGGGCAGGUGUCGAUUACUCGACUCGAGAAUUUCCAAGGGGCGGGAAGCGCAGACUGGGUUGAGAUCGACGCGCACUUCGGGUAUCCCACCAGCCUCGACUAUCACUGCAUCCUCGCCAGCCGCAGGCAUCCGGGGACCGGCCACUGGGUCAGCGACACGGCACAGUUCCAGAGAUGGGUGAACCACAACGGCCAGACGCUGCUCUGCUCGGCUGCUGCGGGGGCCGGGAAGUCGGUCCUGAUAACCAAAGUGGUCGCCAGGCUGGUGGCCACGGCAGGAGCCGACACGACCCUCAAGACGGUUGUCGCCUGCCUCUACGACAUGCAUAACUACAUCCGUGACGGCAGGGAGAGGGUCACGGCGACCCGCCGGUGUGCCGAGCUGCUCGCACAGGUGGCAUUCGCCCAGGGUGCGACGGAGACGGGCGACCGAGGGGCGUCCCUCCAGGCUAGGUGCCGGCUGUUCGUCAAGGAAACGAGGGUCUUCGACUACUUCGCGCGGUGCGUGAAGCGGUUCGAGCGGGCCUAUAUCAUCCUCGACGGGAUGCCCCUGGCUUGCCCCGAGUGCGACCCCGGCGGUCGGCGUCUCAUGUGCUUCCUGUCGGCGCUCCAGCUCGCAGGGCCGCUCGGAUCCCUCGGUGCGAACCUCCUCGUCACGUCCCGGCGCAACGACCUUUUCAGGCUCCAGUACCUCUGCGGCCGCAGCGACCAGAUGCCCGGCGAACAUCGCAACAACUGGUUCGCCACGCUGGAGAUCGGCGCCCAUGAACCCGACCUCCGGCGCUACGUGAGGGAGACACUACACAAUCACAUGCCCAUCCUCCGCACGACGCUGCUCUACGAACAGAUCACCGAGACGCUCCCAAGCCUCUGCGCGGGCGUGUUUUUCGUCGCCCGCCUUUACUGCGUCCGGCUCUGUGGCAUCGCGGACCCCAACGACGGGCAGAUCCCGCAGCUGCUGGCGAAGCUCGCGAGCCGGCAGCCGCUCGACCCGGCGCGCGCCGUCAGGCAGGCCUACCGCGACAUCCUGCAGCACAUCCACGACCGGCACGGCUGCCGCACGCGCGACUUCGUGCGCGGCGUGGCGCGGGCGCUGGCGGCGGGCGUGCUGCGCCCGUUCGCGCCGGACCACCUGCGGCUGGCGUGGCUCGCGCGCGACGGGGAUCCCGCGGGGCUCGCCGAGACGCUGGGCACGACCGCGGGCUUCGAGGCCGUCUUCGGCGGGCUGGUCGAGAUCCGCGCCUGGGAGCCGCCCGGCGUGCAGCUGCGGCUGGCGCACGACGCGCUGCGCGAGGCGGUGCUGGAGAAACCGGCGACGGCGGCGGACCCGUGCCUGGCGCACUGGCACGCCAUCGUGUUCGCCGAGAUGGAGUCGCUGAAGCGGCAGCUUGAAGAUCGCGGCGCGGAGAGGAUGCUAGAUUGGCUGCCCAGGGAGCUGGCAGAUGACCUGAUGAAUGGCUAA